GGAAGAAAAAGGUACACAAGACGAAAGGCAAAAGAAAAGACGCAAAAUGAAGAAAAGGGUGCUGGUUAAAAAGUGAUAAAAGUUUCUGUUUAAAUUCGCACAAAUUAGGUGUUCUCAUAAAAUUUUGGCUCAUCAUAUUUUAGUUUUUUUUUUGUGUGCAGUAAAAUUCAUUGAUGGAGGAUUCUUUAAUUGCCUUCCUUAAAGCUCUCUUUGUUGCCCCAUCAUCCGCAAAAGGCCCCUUUCCCAGUGCACUAGAGCGAGAUAGCAUUAGCGGAGCACAGACAGGUAGAUAGCCAGAGAAAGGGAACGAGAGGGAUAGAAUAUUUGUAUGGUCAUUCUGUGGCUACUGGAGAGACGACUUUCGAGAAACGAAUUGUAAACUCGGCUUUGUGUCAGGUAGUCGCCAUCUUAAUUUCCGAGAAGCGCGCAGGCCGUUGUAAGAAACGCAAUAGGCAAGAGCGAGAUAGAGCAACAGCCAGACGACGGCAGUAGGGCCAUGAAACACGCACACACACACACACACACCCCACCUUUUGAUUGCCUCAUGUAAUUGUGUGUGCGCGCGCGCGUCUGUACGUGUCAGUGUAUUGAAGGCAUCGGUCAUUGCAAUAACGUCGCUAACGCGAAAAGUACCCACAGGCGCCGCGCAGUAGUAGUAGUAGUAGCAGCAGUGUGUGUGCGAAACAGUGUGAUGAUGUGUGGAGAAACUCUCGCUCUCCCCCGUCCGUCGGUCCCUUUCGCUCGUACAUACGUGCAAACGGAAUCAACACACAUUCACCGUCGCUUCACGUAGUAGUUCACGAGAGAGCAAACGGCGUGCACGGCCGUGUGCAUCCGUGCCUAAGCUUGGAAAAAGGCGUUUUUUUGGUCUUCUCUCUUUACUGUUGUUUGAUUGCAGAACAAAACCAGUGUAAAUCAGUAAUAGCAUCUUAACGCAAGCAAAAUGUUGGUUUAGCGCCCGCUGAAUGGAAACAAUCUUCCAAACACCAUCCAGAGUGUCCCAUAUUAAAAAAAAAGCGAAAGCAAAACAAGUGAAACAUGAGCGAUCCGGAAGAUCUGGAGGACGGCGAGAUCGAGGAUGACGAGGAGGAUGAGGUGGUGGCGGUACGGCGCCCGGAUGAUCCACCGCUGAUGCCGCCCAAACCGGUCGACUACAUGGAGUACGAGGCGGGCGACCACCACCAUCCCUCCGUCGGUAGCGAUGGUGAAGGGAAAACGAAUGCAAAGCCAUCGCAGCAGCAGCAGCAACAAUCACCGCAGCAGCGCUCCUCCAAAAAGCCCGCCCCGGUCGUGGACGACUGGACGAUGAAGGUGGAGCAAUCGAUCGCGAACGCACUGAUACGGGACGGCGUGCAGCCCCCGAUGCCCUCGUCCGUGCCGCACGGGCACGAAAAAGACGAUACCGUCGGCCACACACCGUCCAGCCGGAAGUCGCGCAAGCGUAAGCGGGCGAACCGAAGCGAACAGCAGCAGCAGCAGCAGCAGCAGGGUGGAAAGCAGGCCCGGUUCGAUCCGGACGGGGACGAGGACGAUGUCGAUCUGGAGAAUGAAAUGCUCAACGUGCGGGGCAGCAGCCCACAGCAAGCCAUAAUGGGAAGGAGUGGUGGUGGAGGGGCCGCCGAUUCGGGACGGUCCGAUUCGGAGGCGGACGAUACUCACUACUCGUCGGACGAGUCGGCGGGCGGGCGCGAUCGGGACGGCGGGCACUACCGUCGCCCCCGGGGGGACCAGCACCAACAGCAGAGGGAGCGUGAUCGGGAGCGAGAGCGGGAACGGGAGCGAGAGCGGGAGUACAACCGGAAGAAGCGGAAACAGUCGCGCCCGGGGCGGGGCAACAACAAUGGCAAAUCGAACCGGGACGGCCGGAAGCGCAAGCGGGACGAUUCGGAUGACGAGAAGCAUCGCCCGACGGGACCGCGCAAGAUGGAGCUGUGCAAGUUCUACCUGAUGGACUGUUGCGCGAAGCGGGAAAAGUGUCUGUACAUGCACAAGGACUUCCCGUGCAAGUACUACUACCUGGGCAUGAAGUGCAAGGAGAAGGACAAGUGUCUGUUUAGCCACGGCGAACCGCUGGCGGACGAUCUGCGCGCCAUCCUGCUGAAGCAUCUCGAGACGGCGCCGCAGGAAAUCCUGGGUAGCUUCCAGCGCAUCAGCCGGGACAGCGCGAUCGGCAUGCUGAACGCGACGCACCGGAAGCUACAGGAGCGGUACGGCGGUGGUGGUGGUGGUGGUGGUGGUGGAAAGCACCACGAUUCGAAAAUCCCUUCCCUGUUGGAUGUCGUCCCGGGAGGAGGGGGAGGUGGCGGUGGACACAUGCACAGCCCCAAGCACGGUUCUUCCCGCCGGUCGUCCCGCUGGGAGGAGGGCGGCCGCUCGAGCGACGGAGAACCGCCGCACGAUGGUGGUGACUGUGGGGGCAAUAUGACGAUGCAGCUGGCCGGCGUCAUUACGGCGGCCCAGAUCAACGAUCUCGAGCAGAUGGGCAUACGGACGCUGGACGAAAUUAGCCAGCUGACGGUGGCGCAGCUGAACGAGCUUGGGCUGAGCAUUACGCAAAUUCACGAUCUGCAGGUGCGCGCUCUCAAUGCGCACCGGCAGGCGGUCGCCAACGAACGGAGACGACCGCGUGAACCGCCGGCACCGGCCCCGGCCCCAGCACCAGCGCCAGCCCCUCCGCCAGCUCCGGCAGAAAAGCCAAAGGAUCUCGACCUGCGCACACUGCCGGGCGUGGCAGAGUCGCUCCUCGGUAGCCAUAGCAACGAACAGAGCAGCAAGGACGUUGACAUGCGUGUGCUUCCAAUGGGUGGUGAGCAGCAGCAGCAGCAGCAGCCGGUGGCGCCCCCACCCAACAACGAGACCGCCGCAAGCAUCGUCCUGCCCGGUCUGGUGCUUCCGAAGCCGCCCACCGUCGACUACUCGCAGUACAUCAAAGACUCGAAUCUGGACGAGGAGGACCUGGAUGCGGUCGCCACGGCGAGCAGCCUGCUGAACGACCCGCCCGAGGACGACGAUGACGAUGACGAUGAUGAGAACCAUCUCAAGAUCAACAUCGCGGAAGAGGAAGAAGAGGAGGAGGAGGAGGACAAGAAGAAGCAGUCUGAUGAGAGCGAGGAGAAGCAAUCCGACGAGGUUGGUGGGGCUGGAAAGGAGGAAGAACUUCUGCUUCCGCCGCUGAUACCGCCCAAGAUUGACUACGCCCAGGGGCUCGGGGACAUACUGAAGUUUGGCAGCACCGCGGUGGACAAGAGUUUGGCCCAGCUGUCAAGCGGUGAGUCGCCCCGUUCGCAUCGAUCGCCGUCACCGGUCGCAAAGGAGGACGCACUGACCGACAUUUGGACACCCUCGAUGGCGGACUCGACCCAGAGUGCUGGUGGGGUUGCCCAAAGCUUUGGAGCUUCUUCGCAACAAUCGACGACGGCGAAAGCGUCCGCCAAGUCAGUCACCGCGACCAAGCGACUCGGCGGUACCUCGAUCUACGAUUGGUGCGAUUCCGAUGCCGGCGCCUCAUCACCGUCGGACGGGGGUGGACGACAUUCCCCCGUGACGUCAUUGUCGUCGUCGUCGGCACCGUUCCGAUACGGUUCACUUCCGUUGGAUAUUGACGAUCCUUACUCGGCGACGACUGCCGGGCGCGAAGCAACGAGCGAGCUGGGCUUCCCGUUCAAAUCGAUGAUGGCCAACUACGUGCCGGCUACGGAGAUCGAUGGGUCGAUCGGUUCGCAUGCACCGAUUCACUACAAGGUCUACAUGGUCGAUGUGCCGAAGCCAAACUAUGGCGCGCUAAGACGUUCGAUGGUUCGCCCGGUCAGCACGAAGGACCCCCGGCUAAGGCGUCUGUUCGGGCUGGCAAGCGACGAUGAUGAGGAUCGGGCGAGCGACACCAGCGAUGGCAUUAAAUCGCCCGAUCCCACCCCGAACGCUUCGCCACUGUACGGCAGCUCGCCGUCGGUGCACGCUACCGCUGCACCGUCGCAACCGGCCAGUAAACCCGCACCACCCCCCGUAGUAAGCGGUGGGCGACGGGUAGAUCCGCGCAAGCGGCACGCUGAAAUGCAGCAGGAAUCGGCCGCCAAGAGUGUGGCGGCUGCGGGCAGCGGCACCAACCAUAACCACCCGACGCCCCAGAUCGACGUGCAGGCGAUCCUGCAAAAGUCGCCCUGGUACAAGGACCUCGGCUCGAAGCACAAGAUCAUGGUGAACCAGCAGCUGGCCAUCCUGUCGUCCGAGAUGCGCAAGUACCACAACUCCGACCGGACGCCCGAGCAGCUGAGCGAGUUUAUGCAGUUUCUCGGCGGCAACGGGAUGCUGCAGCAGAUCCUCACCUACCUGAACGUGUUCGUGGACGAUUCGGUCAAGUUCUGCGAGGUACCGGUCGUACCGAACAUGCCGCCGCCGGCCCUCCCGCCGCCCAACAUUCCACCCCCGAUGCUGCCGAUACCGGUGCACGUGCCACCGCCGCUCGGCGUUGUACUGCCUCCGACUGGGGGUGGCGUCGGCGGCGGCAAUGGUGGUGGUGGUGGUGGUGGUGGUGGUCUGCCCCACCAACAGCCGAACGGCCCUGGGAUGUUUCACGGCCCGAACGGUCCCUUCGACCAGGAGCCUCAGCAUCGUGGUGGCGGCGGGGGAUUGCCUCCCUCGAUCCGGCCGGGGCUGUUGGGCGUUUCGCCCAACAUGCCGUUCGAGCAGUUCCUUGCGAUGGGCAAUGUGAACCGGCACGGUGAUGGUGACGGUGGAGGAGGUGGUGGAGGAGGUGGAGGAGGAGGUAACAAUGGUCCACUGCCACUGUGGGUGCAGGGCAAUGGAGGCGGUGGCGGAGGCGGAGGCAACAACAUGCGCAACAUGCGCAACAACAACCGCAUCGGGCACAACUUCCGCAACAACAAUGAUCGGUGGAAUAAUGGUGGCGGUGGGCCACAGAUGAUGGGUGGUGGUGGUGGUGGCGGUGGUGGCAACAAUGGGAAUGGUGGCGGUCCGGGUAACAACAAUCGGCGAAACAAUUGCAACAACAAUCGGCGCAUGGAUCGGAAAAAGUGAAUCCACACCCACAAACACUCGCCUUCCAAAGAGAACGAAAGACGAACGAAGAAGCAAUAAGAGAGGAGGAAGAGAAAGACAGCAAAUGAGAGAGCAAGGAUCCUUUUUUAGAAGAGCUUUAUUGCCCAGUGCCCGCGCCCCCUGUGCAAAACCGCCCUGUGGUGGAGACGGAGGAACAAGCGCAUUGUUGCCGAUUUGUUGCUAACUCCCCCAAGAAGACUUACUCAGCUGAAUACACACAGAAGGCGACACACGCGCAUCGAUGGAUGAACAAGAGAUUUGUAUGAAACGUAGAAGAGAGACAGAUGGAGAGAGAAAAAGAGAAAGUAAUAUAGGAUUGUUAUAAUAAGCAAAACGCUGUUUCAUCACACACAGUUCGUCUCUGCCGCAGUGUGUAGAGAGAGUGUUGGUUUUCCUCCUAUAUACUUAAAAUGGAAAAUAAAUUAUCAAACUUUUCGUGGUACACACACACACGCGCGGGGGUACGCAGGUUGUUGCAAAACAUCUCUCACCCUCCAAAAGCCAGAUCGUGGUGUGUUUUGGAGGGACACCGAGAGAGCUCCACUAGCGGUUAAAUUCAUUUUACUCUAUCAUUAAACAAUUAUGCUUGUUUCUGUUUGACGAUCGAGCUAGAGAGAGAGAGAGAGAAAGGUUUAGGUCAAAUUUUAAAAGAAGGGACAGUUAAAAAAUCACGUUUUAUCUGUAUUGUUAAAUCGUGCUAAACAGCAGUAAACAGCAGCACACGGACAGGACGACGUAUUUACACGCAAAUGAUAAUUGUAUUUUUUGGGUUAAAAAUAUGUUCUCUUUUUAUUUUUACUCUGUACACAACAAAACUCUUUCACAAACACAAACACUUGUGUGUUUUUGGAAGCAAGACAGCCCUAUUAAAACGUAUUUAUAUGCAUCAUACUUAUGUGCUUCCUUGCGCGUUUUUUUGUGUGUGAAAGUUUUAAUUAACUUUCGACACACACACACACGCAGAAAAGCAACAAGCAAUUGUGUAAGAGAGAGAGAGAGAGAAAGAGAGAGACUGUUUUGUGCAGGAAUCUUCUUUACAUUCCCACAUUCGAAAAUCUCAUUCGUUUUUUUUUUUUAUUCAAUCCCCUACACCAGAAAGGGACCACACUUAACGGACAAGCAAAAGUGCGUUAUCAGAGAAACAUCUUCAAAUAAAAAAUCGUGCCAAAUCAGCCCGCUGUCCCACCCGGAAAAGGGGUUUAAAAGAUCAUCUUCUUUCGAAGGCGGGAGGCACUGGUGGCAUAGUUGGCGUGCUUCCCCCCACCACAUUAACAUUGUGUGUGACCCUUGGCAACCCUUGGGGGUAGUAAGAAUGGUGCUGAUUAAAGCGCGCGCGUUUUCGGUAAUAUUGUCUUCAAACGGCCUACUUUUCUGUCCAUCGUCAAUCGUCCUUCUAGUCAGUGUAGGGUUGUUAGUUGUAUUUUAGUUUUGUUUAAAUCCUGCGAAGUGGAUUUUUCCUUUGAGAAAGUAAGACAGGGUAGUCGCGCGCGCACACUGUAUAAAAUUGUGAAUAAUAAGCUACCUACAACUAAGGUGUACUGUACAAUAAAACAAAACAUUCAAAAACAAAAGAACUUAAUUGUUUUGAUAUAAAAA